UGUUCCUCCAACCUGAGUGUGGCUUCACCUUAACAGUAGAGGAGGCCGUGGAUAGACAUAUCAGAAUGGGAAUUCAAAGAUUCAAAAAACUUUAUUGUCAUUCUAACCGUACAUCAGCUCUGUAGGGCAGAAUGAGACAGCGUUUCCCAGGAGCAGUGCAAUCAUAACAUAACAAACGCAACACUAAAUAAUAAAUAUAACAAUAAAUAGUAAAACACAACAGCCACAUGUCGGUUAAAAUCAGUUAUAAGUGUCCAGUGCAAGUUAAAAAUGUCUAAAGCAGAGUCAGGUGGAGCAGCUAUUUAGCAGUCUGACUGCCUGUGGGAGGAAGCUGUUUAGUAGCCUUGUAGUUUUAGUUUUGAUGCUCCUGUAACGUUUGCCUGAUGGCAGAAGAACAACCAGUUCAUGGAGAGGGUGUGAGGAGUCUUUAAUGAUGUACUGUGUCUUCUGGAGGCAUCGACUCUGAAAGAGGUCUUGGACAGAAGUGUGAUUGAGGUGAGGAUGCAGACCAAUAACACCUCGGACCCCACGGCACCAAAUCCAGCUGCCUGCUUUCUGCAGAGGUGUCUGCGAUCUGGGAUGUUGUCACAGGAAGCUUUGGAAUGGAAUCAAGUACAGUUUGGAAACACAGUGCCAUUCGCCCGGCGCUUCAAACAGCUGGAUGCAAUUUCAAACACCAUGACAGAACUUCAGCAGAAAUCUCUGGAUGUAAAGUUGUUGGAGCUGCAGCAUAACACAGCAGAUAUUACGCACCCCAAGUGUCUGGCUGAGAGAUACAAGUGCCUCCAGCUGAUGAACAACCACCUGGAGAAGAUUGUGCAGGAGAAGAUGAUGCUGAAACAACGACUGGUGAAGCCUGUUCACCGUCAGUGCCUGCCUGUUGAAGCCAAUUGUCACAAACAUGUCUCAGAGCUCCCCUCAAGGAUGAUUCAAGUAAUUGAGGAUCUUAGCCCUAAUCUGCAGUUAAUAAAAUCCAUCCCUCUUUUGUCACAAAAAGUGAGGAUAAUGGAAGAUCUGAUGAAGAUGAUGGCCUCUGAGAUACUGAAGCUGAAGGAAGUGAUGGAAUUUAUUGUGAAAUGGAGGGAGCAGCAGAAGAACAUGAAUUUGGAGUACCUGGACAGGAAAGAUUAAGUCCCUGGCUGGAAUGGGACUUUCACCAGAGAAGCCAGCUGUUUGUGGAAAGAGAUUUUAGAUUUGAAGCUAGGAACUGCCAAUGGAUGAGUGCAGGGACAGACGUGAAAGGUGCUUGUGACUGGCUGACUACACAGCUGAUGUUGGUUGUGGGAAGUGUCUGGCUCGACACUGGAAACCGUCAGUGCCAUAGAUGUGGACUUUUCACCCUUCCCAGUGUUUUGCCAGCGUUUGCCUCCUCUCACCAGAUGCAAGCUGGUUGAGAGAGUACAGUUCUAUGUACAGGUACUCUGACACCAACCAGACAGAUGCCAGAUUGAUCACUUUGCCACAAAUACCCACCUGCUUGCUGUCCUUUGCCGGAAAUGCAGUUUCUAGUAGAAUCGCUGUCACAGCUACAAGUACACUCUGAUUUCCUCCAUAAUCGUCCCAAGAAUGGCCAUCAUCUGAAGAGGAACUUGGAACCUCCUGCUGUCCCUUUCUGUCACUACUCUGGUUUUCUCUGAUCCUGGGUGGAUUGGUAUUGGUUCAUUUGAGACAGACAAACUAGGAUCAACCAGUGAUGGUUAUUUAAUGACUGCCAAGGUUAGUUUUCACGUUAUCACAAAUUGGCUGAGGUGUCGCACGUCUGGAAAUAAAGUUUAGGAUAUUUUGCACCAUUGAACAUGUUUCAGGAUUUACUAUUUGUGUAACAAGUAGGAGCAAUAACUGGGAGCAGAAGUGAGGCAGUUUUAAUGCUGUAUUUUGUGUAAGAUCCCUGACCUGGAACAACCUCCCCUGCAUACGCAAGCCUGUGUAGUGGCCUGGAUAGGUGCAGCUGUGUGGGAGCAAACUAAGACAACGCAGAGUUGGUGUUUGAAAUAACGGAUGAUUUAUUUUUUAAAAAACUAGUGUGCAGCAGGAGACCAAUCAAAGGGAUCUACCCGAGAAUGAUUUUGGUACAGCUUUUACAUUCUCAGUUGAUGAAAAUAUCAGUAAAACUACAUUUUGAUAAGAGGAAGACAUAAGUGAUGGACUAAGUCCUGGUUACCAAAUAAAAUGAUUACCCACAGGUCUAACCACAAAGACAAGUUUCUGUUACAUCAAUGGGUGCAUAAUUAGUGAAGUUUCUGAAACUUGCUGCUGCAUUUCAUGUCUCUACUUCUAGAAUUUGUCUGUGAUUCCUUGACACCAUAAUAGCAUAAUCCACACCCCUAUCUGCUAGUUAUUAGCCUUCACUAUUCUUUCCUUUACAACAAGCUGUAAUAAAGCUUCUUAUAUUCACUUCAUCAAAAACAUUUCCACUGUGGGAAUGCCACAAUCUCCUCACAACAGCCUGACUUAGGCCAGGGAGCUACUUUUUUUCCAGUUUUGCUGGUCACUAUCUUGGAACUCCCUCUAACACCACUGUGCAAGUACCUUCAUCUCAAGGGUUACUGUGGCUCAUUGAAGAGCCACUGUAUCCUCACCUGGGACAGUAAUUGAGGUUUUCCUGCUCCGUGCCCUGGGAGCUCACGUAUGUGAACAGUAAAUGAGCUUCUACCCUGAGGAGCUUAGCACAGCACUUGUAAUUAACUGUGGAAAUUCUCAGGGAUUGUCCUCAAAGAACCACUGCCUCCAAAUUUGCAUGAAAUUCUUGACAUUGCUUAAAUAUUUAGAUUGCAUAUGUUACAGUCUUCAUCCAGAGUCUAUCAUAAAAUUUAUACGUGGUGAAUUAAUUUCUUAAGCAUUUGACUAGUCACUGUUAAUGACUGUGAUUUGGAGAUGGCAAAGUAGUUAUCUUCUGUUUGCUUCAGUCAUUGUCCACCCACACAGGUCUCUCACUGGAGAGCAGAAUAGAACCAGAAAAAUUAAUCCAGAGUGUCAUAGGAGCAGUCUCUAUUUUGGCCCAUAUGUUGUGCCAAACUAAUUGUAGUAGUACUUGAGCAGUCUGAUGGCCUGGUGGAAGAAGCUGGCCCGGAGCCUGUUAGUCCUGGCUUUUAUGCUGCUGUACCAUUUCCUGGAUGGUAGCAGCUGGAACAGUUUGUGGUUGGGGUGACUCGAGUCCCCAAUGAUCCUUAGGGCUCUUUUUACACAACUGUCUUUGUAAGUGUCCUGAAUAGAGGUAAGUUCAUAUCUACAGAUGCGCUGGGCUGUCUGCACCACUCUCUGCAGAGUCCUGCGAUUGAGGGAAGUACAGUUCCCACACCAGGCAGUGAUGCAGCCAGUCAGGAUGCUCUCACUCGUGCUCCUAUAGAAAGUUCUCAGAACUUGUGGGCCCACACCAAACUUCUUCAACCAUCUGAGAUGAAAGAGGUACUGUUGUGCAUUUUUCACCACACAGCUGGUAUGUACAGACCAUGUGAGAUCCUCGAUGAUGUUUAUGCCGACGAACUUAAAGCUGUUCACCCUUUCAACCCCAGAUCCAUAGGAGUUGGCCUGUCUAUUCUUCCUCUCUUAAACACACAUAUUGUAUGUGUCUCCACCAUCACUAGAUAGCAGCACAUUCCAGGCAGCCCCGGCUCUUGGUGUUUAAAAAAAACUCACCUUGUAUGCAUGCCCUUGAAUAUUAGACAUUUUGACCCAGGAAAAUGAUACUGGCUGUCCAAUAUAUCUAUGCCUAUAGUACUUGUAAACCUCUCAUGUUUUUCAGACUACAGAGAAAACAACCCAAGGUUGUCCAAUCUCUCCUUGUAGCACAUACUCACUAAUGCAGGUAGCAUAGAAACAUAGAAAACAUACAGCACAAUACAGGCCCUUCGGCCCACAAAGCUGUGUUGAACAUAUCCCUACCUUAAAACUACCUAGGCUUUACCUAUAGCCCUCUAUUUUUCUAAACUCCAUGUAGCCAUCCAGCAGUCUCUUAAAAGACCCUAUCGUUUACGCCUCCACUGGCUGCUCAUUCCACGCAUUCACCUGCGUAAAAAAUUUAUCCCUGACAUCUCCUCUGCACCUACUUCCAAGCACCUUAAAACUAUGCCCUCUCGUGCUAGCCAUUUCAGCCCUGGGAAAAAGCCUCUGACUAUCCACAUGAUCAAUGCCUCUCAUUAUCUUGUACACCUCUGUCAGGUCACCUUUCACCCUCCAACGCUCCAAGGAGAAAAGGCCAAGUUCACUCAACCUAUCCUCAUAAGGCAUGCUCCCCAAUCCAGGCAACAUCCUUGUAAAUCACCUCUUACCCUUUCUAUGGUUCCCAUGUCCUUCCUGUAGUGAGGCGACCAGAAUUGAGCACAGUACUCCAAGUGGGCUCUGACCAGGGUCUAUAUAGCUGCAACAUUACCUCUCAGCUCUUAAAAUCUCCAAUACACCCCCGUAUGCCUUCUUAACCACAGAGUCAACCUGUGUAGCAUCUUUGAGUGUGUCCUCAGGACUUGGACCCCAAGUUCCCUCUGAUCCUCCACACUGCCAAGAGUCUUUACUAUUAAUACUAUAUUCUGCCAACACACAUCAAAGUUGCUGGU